UCAUAGUUACUCCCGCCGUUUACCCGCGCUUGCUUGAAUUUCUUCACGUUGACAUUCAGAGCACUGAGCAGAAAUCACAUUGCGUCAACACCCGCUAGAGCCAUCGCAAUGCUUUGUUUUAAUUAGACAGUCGGAUUCCCCCAGUCCGUGCCAGUUCUGAGUUGAUCGUUGAAUGGCGGCCGAAGAGAAUCCGCGCACCCGCACGCCCCCGGAGGAGCAAGCUAAGGCGGACGCGGCCUCGCAGCAAGGAAGAUCCAUGGGAGGCCAAGGCACGGGACCGAGCUCGGAUCCUGCACGCAGGUUGAAGCACCGGGGCGCGAACGCCGCGCAGGCGCCCGCAUCCUGCACCGCCGGCCAGCACGAGGCCAACCAACGGCGAGAGCAGACCACGCCCGCGCUAAACGCCCGCACUUACCGGCACCCCUACGGCACUCACCUCGCCCAGGCCCGGCACGUUAGCGCUGACCCACUUCCCGACCAAGCCCGACACGCCCCGAUCCUCAGAGCCAAUCCUUAUCCCGAAGUUACGGAUCCAAUUUGCCGACUUCCCUUACCUACAUUAUUCUAUCGACUAGAGGCUCUUCACCUUGGAGACCUGCUGCGGAUAUGGGUACGAACCGGCGCGACACCUCCACGUGGCCCUCUCCCGGAUUUUCAAGGUCCCAGGGGAAGAUCGGGACACCGCCGCAACUGCGGUGCUGUUCGCUUUCCAAACCCUAUCUCCCUGCUAGAGGAUUCCAGGGAACUUGAACGCUCAUGCAGAAAAGAAAACUCUUCCCCGAUCUCCCGACGGCGUCUCCGGGUCCUUUUGGGUUACCCCGACGAGCAUCUCUAAAAGAGGGGCCCGACUUGUAUCGGUUCCGGUGCCGGGUUCCGGAAUAGGAACCGGAUUCCCUUUCGCCCAACGGGGGCCAGCACAAAGUGCAUCAUGCUAUGACGGCCCCCAUCAACAUCGGAUUUCUCCUAGGGCUUAGGAUCGACUGACUCGUGUGCAACGGCUGUUCACACGAAACCCUUCUCCGCGUCAGCCCUCCAGGGCCUCGCUGGAGUAUUUGCUACUACCACCAAGAUCUGCACCGACGGCGGCUCCAGGCAGGCUCACGCCCAGACCCUUCUAAGCCCACCGCCGCGACCCUCCUACUCGUCAGGGCUUCGCGGCCGGCCGCGAGGACCGGCCAUGAUUGCCAGACUGACGGCCGAGUAUAGGCACGACGCUUCAGCGCCAUCCAUUUUCAGGGCUAGUUGCUUCGGCAGGUGAGUUGUUACACACUCCUUAGCGGAUUCCGACUUCCAUGGCCACCGUCCUGCUGUCUUAAGCAACCAACGCCUUUCAUGGUUUCCCAUGAGCGUCGAUUCGGGCGCCUUAACUCAGCAUUUGGUUCAUCCCACAGCGCCAGUUCUGUUUACCAAAAGUGGCCCACUUGGCACUCCGAUCCGAGUCGUUUGCUCGUGGCUUCAGCAUAUCAAGCAAGCCGGAGAUCUCACCCAUUUAAAGUUUGAGAAUAGGUUGAGGUCGUUUCGGCUCCAAGGCCUCUAAUCAUUCGCUUUACCGGAUGAGACUCGUACAAGCACCAGCUAUCCUGAGGGAAACUUCGGAGGGAACCAGCUACUAGAUGGUUCGAUUAGUCUUUCGCCCCUAUACCCAGCUCCGACGAUCGAUUUGCACGUCAGAAUCGCUACGGACCUUCAUCAGGGUUUCCGCUGACUUCGUCCUGGCCAGGCAUAGUUCACCAUCUUUCGGGUCCCAACGUGUACGCUCUACGUGCGCCUCACCUCGCAAUGAGGACGAGACGCUCCGGGAGUGCGGAGGCCGCCGCCCCGUGAAGGGCGGGGAAGCCCCACCCACCCUCGGCCCGCGCAAGGCGAGACCUUCACUUUCAUUACGCCUUUAGGUUUCGUACAGCCCAAUGACUCGCGCACAUGUUAGACUCCUUGGUCCGUGUUUCAAGACGGGUCGUGAAAUUGUCCAAAGCUGAAGCGCCGCUGACGGGAGCGAUUAUUCCGCCCGAGAGCAUCCCGAGCCAACAGCGGCGCGGGUCCGGGGCCGGGCCAGGUAGGUCCGUCAUCCGGGAAGAACCGCGCGCGCUUGCGGGAGCCC